GCGUCGUGAUGGCAGGGACAUUGUUGGUACAGUGACACCGAUUCUUGUUGUUUCACAAACUGCAGCGGAAUUAUCAACAGUUGUUUUGAUCAGCUCUUGCGACCAGUAGUCAUGAUGGUAUGGUCGAGCGCAUUUGUGUGCGGCGCGCUGCCAGUGGGCGUUCUCGCGUUCUCGGGGAUCCUUGUCUCUGACGCGACGUACCCGCUGAAUGCGGUCCUGCUGGAGGGUGUCGGCCCAGAGGUGUACGAGAACGCGCAACAGAUAAAAUCCUGCCCGAGCAGGAUCGAGGACGUCUUUAUUGGGAUUUAUGGGACGGAUGGUAAUAUGAUCAACACUCUGCACAGAGUGCAUUAUGUAGCUUUCUACCCAGGACAUUGCGCAGCUGACGCUUUCGCUAAGGCCCCAGACAUAGACGUCUCUCAUUAUCUAUAAAUCGACGGAUGCAAGGCCUCAAAGCCUCAAGCUCAACGCAUCGUCCAUCUUCUAACAGUCUGAGUCGUGAGGGUGAACAUAAUCUGGUGACGUUCAGUCGUGAUAUUUGUGUGUUUCAGGGGAGUACAGCUACGAGGUCUCCCAGCCAUCCAGCAACAGUAUGUACCUGGACGCACGGUGAGCAGGUUACAAUACGACUUAGAUUGAUCAUCAUAUCUCUUGUCAGUAUAGACUUGUGGAGUCGUGACUUCUCCGCUUGUUGGGGGCAACGCGUUCGUAAAUAGAGUCGAGCGCGGUCAACUCUGACUCCCCGAGACAUUGCCUGCAGCGCGA